UUGUGAGAGCGACGAAGCGCAGGAGAGAGAGAGAGCGCGCGCGUCUCCGCUGUGUGUCGGGUCGAAGAGGUGGUUUACUCCUGGGGGAAAUAACUUCUUCACCAAACAGCUACAGCUAGCGUAUUAGGUGGCGUUUUCACAAACUAAUCCUCAAGGAGCUCGGGCUUCCUGGAGCGGAGUGUGUGUGUGGUGCCGAGGCGAGUGGAUGUUCAGCUCGGCUUCACGACAGAACGCCGCUUUCUGGCACAUGAACACCACCGCGAGCCUGAACACCGGGCUGAGCACGCGCACAGGGAGGAGUAGACGCUCUACUUCGAGGACCUGGAGACAGAUCAGUGAGGAGACCGUGAGGAGGAGGAACCUCAGCAGAGUCCACUUUAACAGCACCACUACACCAACAAACAGCUGCAGGACUCCAGGCUCUAAUCCCACACGGUGGUGUUUGUGUUUAUCAGGUGACAUCCAGCACAAUCGGAAUGGGAGGCGGUGAGAGGUACAACAUUCCAGCGCCCCACCCCGAUCACCCGGCCCCGAAAAAGCACCACCACGUCGGCAAGGCCAAGUCACGGAGCAGGAACCAGCACCCUGCCGCGUUUCCCAUGUCCCCCGGCAUUCUGAAGACUCCAGAGAACACAGGCGAGAAGAAGGGCGUCGGCCCGGUCCGCUUCUCCUGCAGCGAUCAGUGCUGGGGCGGAGCCGUGACGCACCUAAACAACAUCCUGGCCACGCAGUGCAGCCACGCCUACGCCGGCGCCAAAUUCAGCGAGCCGCCUUCCCCUAGCGUACUCCCCAAACCUCCCAGUCACUGGGUUUCCCUUCCCAUGAUUCCUUGCGAUCGGCGUGAGAUGAUGACCUUUCAGUUAAAGAGUCUCCUCAAAAUGCAAGCGUAAAAAAACAAAUCAACUUUAACGAGCCAGUAGCCUGGCUCCGCCCCUUCUGUUACACUGCAGCGGUGUGAUUUUAUACGGGACCAUUUCUAACGGUUCCUCUGUAACUGUACAUAGUUUUUAUAUUAUAAGAAGUUUAGGGCGGGUAUUGCGCCGCUGCGGCCUUACAGAGGGGGCGGAGUUUAAAUUGAGUCAGACGGAACACUCAACUGGAUUCUCUUCUCGCCGUUCUGGGUUUAAAAAAAAAAUAAUUUAGAUAUGUAACUUUUUUUUUGUUGGCCGUUAAUGUGUGUGUGUGUGUGUGUGUGUGUGUGUGUGUGAGGAUGAAGAGUCAUCACUUUACACCACGUGAAUCACAAUCAGUAAAUCACUUCUGUUUACAGAGUGUCGCUGUCCGAUCUCGCGCAUCAGACAUCCAACCAGCACGAGUGUUAGUCAGGUCCUCGUGUGUGUGUGUUUCAUCACGAUACAGAGUAUCGCCCUCUCUCUUACAUCCAUACCUUUUACACACACAUACAAUUCGAUCCCCUCAUGAGUGUUUUGUGGACAGUGUAAGAAAAGUAGUGAUACACACACACACACACCCUGUGCGUUCUGCUUCCGUAAUUUUAUACUUGGCGCUGUGCGCACUGCACUAUGGGAGCUGACGUUCACAAGGUGUGUGUGUGAAGCUGCAUCGUCUUUGUUGAUUUUUUCCACCAAUCAGAAAUGUUUGAGUUUACUGCAGUGACUUUGGUCUCUACAGCCCGCCCCCUUGGUCACAUGGUCAUAGACGUACAUGUGCUGAUGAGCUUUGAAGCCCCACCCACCACCACCUUGUGAGGUGUGUGUAAGAGUUCACUCAGGUUCAGACCGGUUUAAACCAGCGCUUCGUAUAAGAGCUCUUAUUCCUGCGGCGAUCACAUGACCGCCGCAGUGCGUCACCGUGUAGAGCGUGAUGUCAUCAGCAUGUUUAGGUCAAAUGAGUUAAAGUGGAGUGGAAACGUGGUCGAUGCGGAGGAGGGCGUGUGGAGGAGGGACGCCGCGGUGUUGAUCAUCUCACCGUCUGACCUCACACGCCUGUUCGCCACGCGCCGCGAAACGUUACAGUCGUGUUGUAGCAUUUAGAAUGUUUACGUUUUAUGAAGAAAGGGGCCAGAGGUGUAGACGUGUUCUCCUUGUGUCCAUGUGAGUGUGUAGUAAAAACCCCUGAACUUUACCCCGUGUCCAGACGUGUGCCGUAUCACAUCCACGUCCGAUAACCGUCCGAUCUCGUAGCUUUAUUAUGAUAUUAUACGUAAAAACAGUAAAUGAUUUAAAAUAAAACAAGGCUGUGUGUAUUAUUAAAGGUGUAGACGUCAGUGAGAGCACACAGUCGCACCUCGUUUUCUCACACCAGGUGCGAGAGAGAGAGAUAACGUUACUGAACUGUCCUGAUUAACGCGUGUAUCUGAUCCUCGGCACACGUCUGAACACUGCACAUUAACGGCCGGCUGGAGGACGCCUCUCUGGAGUGUGUAAAUAAUGAACUGUAUAAAGCCUGUAGCAUACUGUACAUGAAGCGCAGGGAGUUUUAAACCUGCACACAAAGUAUUUUUAGUAAUAACACUGAAUGUAAGUCACACACACACAAGACGUGGCUCCGUUUAAAAUGCUGAAAAUAUUUUUGUUUUUUUAAAAAAAAAGAAGAAAAGACAAGGUUUGCUCGAAGUGUGACGUCCCUCUGCGCCGGGUCGUGGCACCGCCUGUGUUUGAUACAGCGCCCACUGCAGGCGAGAGAGGGAGAGUGCGCGAAGAGCAGCGAGUAAAAAAAAUAUAUAUAUAUAUGCAGUUCAAAUGUUAGACUUUUAUACACACACAGAGCUUUAUUUUUUUUUAAAAUAAGAACUAUUUUUUACAAAAAAACAACCUUUUUUUAAUUUAAUUAGUCUAUUAGUAGAGUUUAAUUAAAGAGACCAGGUGUGUGUGCAGAUGUGAGUUCUUUCCUCCGCAGGCUUACACCCGUACACACCAAUGUAAUGUUUUAAUUUAACUAUCUUUAUUAUUUUUAUGAUUUUUUUUUUAAUCAUUUUGUGUGUGUGUGUGUGUGUGUGUGUGUGUGUAAAAGUCUUGAACUUCCCUGAUAAUUGGCUUUAAAUGUGUCCCAAACUUAUAAACUGUCACUUUAGGGAAACUAAAAUGAGUAAAUGUUCAGCCCACUUUCCUGUAAUUGGAGUGUAAUAAAGUUUUUACAGCACUGUCUGAUUCGGUUACAAAAUUAAUAAAAUUCCUCCCUUUUCACCCCAAAA